AUGGGCUUCAACGACCAGGAGAUCGUAGCCCUCAUCGGCGCCCAUGCCCUCGGCCGCGCCCACACUGACCGCAGCGGCUAUGACGGCCCUUGGACUUUCUCCCCCACCGUCUUCACCAACGACUUCUUCAAGCUGCUCGUUGACGAGAAGUGGCAGUGGAAGAAGUGGAACGGUCCCGCCCAGUACGAGGACAAGACCAGCAAGAGCCUCAUGAUGCUUCCCGCCGACCUUGCUCUCGUCCAGGACAAGAACUUCAAGAAGUGGGUCCAGACUUAUGCCAAGGACAACGACGUUUUCUUCAAGGACUUCUCCGACGCCCUCGUCAAGCUCUUUGAGCUGGGUGUCCCCUUCCCUGAGGGCCAGGAGCGCUGGGUCAUGAAGCCCAGGAGCGGGUCGUCCUAA